AUGAUCCUUCGGGAUGCAAACUUUUUCUUUUGUUAUAGUACACUGACCAGAAACAUUCGACACCGAAGGGGAGAGAAGGUUGUGAUAAAUGUACCAAUAUUUAAAGAUAAGAACACGCCAUCGCCUUUCAUUGAAACAUUUCCUAAUGAUGAUGGAGAAGCAGCAAAGGCAGCUAAGCCAGAUUACAUAUAUAUGGAUGCUAUGGGUUUUGGAAUGGGAAACUGUUGUCUCCAGGUGACAUUUCAGGCUUGCAGCAUUUCCGAAGCAAGGUAUCUCUAUGAUCAGCUAGCUACGAUUUGUCCCAUUGUGAUGGCCUUGAGUGCUGCAUCUCCCUUCUACAGAGGCUACGUGUCUGACAUUGACUGUCGCUGGGGAGUGAUCUCUGCUUCCGUGGAUGAUCGAACGCGGGAGGAGAGAGGCCUAGAGCCACUGAAGAACAACCAUUAUAGAAUCAGUAAAUCCAGAUAUGAUUCCAUAGACAGUUAUCUAUCUGAAUGUGGUGAGAAAUACAAUGACAUUGAUUUGACAAUAGACAAAGAUAUCUACGAGCAGCUAAUAAAGGAAGGUAUUGACCACCUUUUGGCACAGCAUAUUGCACACUUGUUCAUUCGAGACCCACUGACUUUGUUUGAGGAGAAAAUACAUCUAGAUGAUGCAAAUGAAUCCGACCAUUUUGAGAAUAUUCAGUCUACAAACUGGCAGACAAUGAGGUUUAAGCCACCACCUCCAAAUUCAGAUAUUGGAUGGAGAGUGGAGUUCAGACCUAUGGAGGUCCAGUUGACAGACUUUGAAAACUCUGCGUAUGUUGUGUUUGUGGUAUUGCUAACCAGAGUGAUUCUGUCAUAUAAACUGGAUUUUCUCAUUCCUUUGUCCAAGGUGGAUGAAAACAUGAAGGUGGCCCAGAAAAGAGAUGCUGUACGACAGGGAAUGUUCUACUUCAGAAAAGAUAUAUGCAAAGGUGGAAAUGCUGUUGUGGAUGGAUGUGGCUCUGCACAGAAUGGGACAGGCACCAACACAGAAGAAUACACCUUAAUGAGCAUUGAUACAAUUAUCAAUGGGAAGGAAGGAGUCUUUCCUGGUUUGAUCCCAAUUUUGAAUUCCUAUCUUGAAAACAUGGAAGUGGAUGUGGAUACAAGAUGCACCAUCCUAAAUUAUCUGAAGCUAAUAAAAAAGAGAGCCUCUGGAGAACUAAUGACAGUUGCUCGAUGGAUGAGGGAAUUCAUCGCACAGCAUCCGGACUACAAGCAAGACAGUGUGAUAACUGAUGAAAUUAAUUACAGCCUUAUGUGGAAAUGCAACCAAAUCGCUCAAGGCCAGGCAGAGUGUCCUGAACUGUUAGGGGCAGGGUUUAAUAAGAAACAAAGUGGAAACAAAACUGACUCUUUGUAAUGAAUAAAUGAAUUAAUGCUUCUUAAAUAAUUAAAAGAUUAAGCCUUUUAGCAAAGCACUAGCAAAAAUACUGUGAAUCUGGUAAAGUUUCAUGGUGUGAAGACCAAAACAGGGAUACUGCACUAUAAAAUGGGCCAAUCUGCCUAAAUAUUGGUUUGAGGCAUCCUAAAAUAGGCAUAUUCUUAUUGUUAAGGUUUAUACAAUAUACAUGUAAAUAGUAAAAUAUUUUUAUGAUUAACAUCAAUGUAUUUUAAUAACAUUGUAACUAAGGUUAUUGUGAAUUAGCUUGUAACUUUUAUAUGCUUAAUAUAGAAAGAAAAAUUGUCAUGAACAGCUUUGUAAAUGUAAUGGUACUUGUAUAAUAUAUGCAUUCCAGUUACUGAAUGUUUACUGUAAUUCUUUUAACCUGGAAUGUGCUAAGUAAUUUACCUUAUUGUGUAAGAAAGAAAAAUCCUUCUGGAUCUACCUGAAUCACAGAUACUUCUUCCUUCCAUGUAAGAACAGACAAAUAUAUGUGCAUCCCAGUUGUUAAUCUUACAGCAGUUUCUCAGUUGCCACAAGACCUGCAUCCACUUGUAAACUGUAAAACUCAGAGGAACAGAUCUGUCCUUAUUCAGAUAAUGCAAGUCAGCCUGCCUGCAGAGGCACAGUUAAUUUCUUCCCCUCUAAAAUAAGCUGUAUGCUGUCUCAGUUCAGAAAUCUGCCUGAUGAUUUCACAAAAAAGUAGUAAUGGGAGAUGUGUCGAAAGAGAGGAAGAAAUAGAGCUGGACAUACAGCUCUCUUCACAAAGGAACCAGAGACAUCUGCUCUGGACUUCAGCCUGUUUGACUGCUCUCCCACAGUGUUGCUGUUCCCACAGUCAACAGCAACUGCAGCACAAAUCCAAAAUUCUGUCCAUUCUUGCUGAAGGCUGAGUUUCUCAUUUUGUCAUCUUGCUAAUUAUGAAUAAUUUUGUCAGCAUGUUUUUUUCUGUAAGGUAAUUUAUGUAGGUGGCUGGGGUUACCUACAUAGCUCUAGUUAUGGACAACUUAAUCCCCUCUAGAAAACAGUUGAAAUAGAAAUUUUGGAAUGCACUAAUUCUUUGAAUUGGAAGCCAGUGCUGGGAGUGACUAUACUUAAAUUCAGACAUUGCACCUGUAAAUAAAGCAAACUUAAGGGCCUUUUUGAUUUAGCUUCUUAACUGAUUUCUAAAAGUGAAUUGCAUUAGGGGUAGAAGAUGCGAAGCUUAAAGGAAGCCUAUAUAAAUACCUAAGAUGUAAUGAUUUUUUUGAAAGAACUAGUGGAGAAACUGCAGUGGGAGGUGCACCAAGAAGCUUUUAUGUACUGAAUUACACUUUGUUCUGUGUUCACAGGUGUGCUUUAGAAUAUAAAAAGAAUACUCUUUUCCUGCAGUGAUGAAUUCGUUUUAAUGAAGAUGUAGGCAUAUGCUAAUUUAGUUUCUGUAAUAAGGAAAUAAAAAUAAAAUUUGCAGUA